UGAAUGGAUCAGAAUUUGAAAAUAAUUUUCUGGUUUUUGUUGGAAAUUUUUGUUUUAGUUGAUUAAUCAGUUUAAUCUAAUUGUUUUUUUUCCAAUUUGUGGUUUUGUUAGUGAAUUUGAUUCCAUUGAGUGGUUAUCAUGUCUCAGGAAUUCUCGGAGCGAUCUGCUCUUGAUCGAUCAGCACGGAAAAGAGUCUCUGGCAGAUCAUCACGGAUUCACUCAACAUCUAAUAGGUUUUCAGCAAAAGAAGAUGAUUUGACUACCGCUCGAUCAAAAUUGGAUAAUAUAUUGGACAGUAUUGCCAGAGGAGAAGAAACAUUUGAUGAAGAUUAUUUCGAUGAAGAACCGAACGGAUUAAGCUCGCCUGUUAAGUCUAAAAGAUCUCGAGGUCCAAGAAAGACUCGAAAAAGAACCAGAGAAGAUGACUACUCAAAAUCUUCCAUGUUCAUUUUAAAAUUAUUUGAUCGUACUGUGGAUCUAUCGGAAUUUUGCUCCAAAUAUAUUGAUUCAGAUCCUCCACUUUAUCCCAUUUGUCGAGCUUGGGCUCGUAAUAAUGAUGCAUCAAGUGACCAAAGUAAUGUUGAGGAAGAUCAAUCAGGUGUCAGCGAGGUGGAAACUUCAGAUUUUGGAGGACCAGAAAAACCAACUGGUUUAUACAUAUUACCAAAUCCAGAUCCGUUACCACUGGAUGAAUUGGGAGAGGAAAUUGAUUUACGUUUACCUAAAUCUAGUACCGUAAAAAAAGAUCCCUGCAUCGAAAUAAUCGAUGAAUCAAUUAACUGCAUGACGGAAUUGACUCGUGAAUGUCUCUUAGAAGCCAAUCUUUGCCAGUGGAAAACAGUUCGUCAAGAAUGGCGAGAAGCAGCAGCGAUUAAUCAGGCCAGAUACAGGCCGAGUUUCAAUGUAAUCCAAGCGCUAUCAACUGUUCCAAAUCAACCCUUAGACGACGAAAUGUUAUCAACUAUGUAAUAAACUAUCUGAAUCGCCAUCUUCAUUUCUUGACCAUUCUAAAACUGACCUAACAACGGACAACACCAACUGUUGAUUGUCUCUCAAACUGAUUCCAAAAAUUACAUCCAACGCUGUGAGAUAUUGAAGGUCAAUCAUCAAAAACAAAUCACGACAAUUAGCCAGAUACGAAUGAAAAUUAACUGUUUAUUUUCAAUUUGAUUGCAGACUUUGAAAAUAAUAAUGAGAAGAAAAUAAUUAA